GCUACGACUUGAGUUCAGGUCACGUUCACUGAUAGCUCACGGUUUAUAUAAAGCAUUUAAAUUUGUAACAAUCAUAGAGUAAUACUUUAACACUAGCAGACAUCAGAAAUGGAAUGUUGUGGAGGACCAGGUUACGCGACCCCUUUAAAGGCCAUGUCUGGGCCGAGAGAGAAGUUGGUGUAUAUACCGUGUAUUAUACCACCGGAUGAUCGUCACAGACGAGCUGAUUAUUUGGCUACUGUUGAUAUUGAUCCACAGUCAUCCUACUACUGUCAGGUAAUUCACAGACUUCCAAUGACCUAUAAAGGAGAUGAAGUUCAUCACACCGGAUGGAAUGCUUGCUCAAGUUGUCAUGGUGAUUCCAGUAAAGCCAGGAAUCGUUUGAUAAUGCCAUGUUUAAACAGUGAUAGAAUAUAUGUGGUAGAUACAGGAACAGAUGAACGUGCACCAAGGAUGCAUAAGGUUGUAGAGCCAUCAGAAGUCCACACCAAAACCGGUUUAGGUGCACCACAUACGUCACAUUGUUUAGGGAGUGGACAGAUCAUGAUCAGUUGUAUGGGAGAUCCCGAUGGUAAUAACAAAGGUGGCUUCAUUUUAUUAGAUGGCGAAGAUUUUUCCGUUGUUGGUAAUUGGGAGAGAGCCGUCAAUUCGAGCUUUGGUUAUGAUUUUUGGUAUCAGCCGUUACACAACGUCAUGGUUAGUUCUGAAUGGGGAGCUCCUAAAGCAUGGCGAACAGGAUUUAAUCCAGAACAUGUCGAAAAGGGUUUAUAUGGUCGUCAUGUACAUGUUUGGGAUUGGACAACACAUGAACAUAUCCAAACAUUAGAUCUGGGUGAAGAAGGCUACCUGCCUUUAGAAAUCCGAUUUCUUCACGACCCAACAGCGAUAGAGGGUUAUGUUGGUUGUGCUCUAUCAUCUAAUAUCUUCCGAUUCUUUAGAACAGAGAGUGGUUUAUGGGAUGCAGAGAAAGUUAUAGAUAUACCGUCUAAAACUGUUGAAGGAUGGGCACUUCCUGAAAUGCCAGGUUUAAUAACAGAUAUUCUACUAUCAUUAGAUGAUAAAUAUCUGUACUUUAGUAACUGGGCUCAUGGUGACAUCAGACAAUAUGACAUCACCAAUACAAGAAAGCCUCGAUUAGUCGGACAGUUAUUCCUGGGAGGUAGUAUCUGUAAAGGUGGUCCAGUUAAAGUGACACGAGAUACAGAGUUAAAGGAACAACCAGAACCACUUGUGAUGAAUGGUAAACAAAUGAACGUUAGUCCACAGAUGAUACAAUUAAGUCUGGAUGGUAAAAGACUAUAUGCUACUACCUCCCUCUACAGUGCUUGGGACAAACAGUUUUACCCUGACAUGGUCAAGAAUGGUUGUAUAAUGGUACAGAUAGAUAUCGAUACGGUUAACGGUGGACUAACACUAAAUAAAGAUUUCUUGGUGGAUUUUGGACAGGAACCUGGUGGAGCAGUUCUAGCUCACGAAAUACGUUAUCCUGGUGGAGAUUGUACGUCCGACAUCUGGCUUCACCAACCGGCACAAAAUAAACUUUAGAAAACCGAUUGUCAUCUAACUAAUGAAACACCCCUUUCCUAACCCUAACCCCAAUCGCAAAUAACUUUUAAAAAGUGAUUUUGGACUAAUUGGUAGAAUGAAGAAUCCGUUCCCAAAAGGCAAUUAACUUCUUCUUUGAGCGGCAUUUAGCAAUCGACGCACGUAAUAAACACAAAACAUAACAGUUUAUUGUGAACCGUUUGUAUAUAACCUUCUGUAACAUGUUUUAAAAUAUAGAUGUGACGUCAUCCUUUGAUGUUAUCGUAUCAUUAUUUCAAAUAAUGGUAUGGACAAAGUGCCAAGCGUACAUUAUUUAUACUUGUUAAAUUUUUGGACCUGUGUGACGUAUUUCAUUGCAAAGCAUGUGCAAGCGUCUAUAUUUUAAGUUGUUAAAUGGUCUCGAGCUUAAGACAUUGUGUAAUACAUCAAAACAACAACUCGUGACGUCACUCGUGUUGUUUUAAUAUAUGACAAUGUGUUGCUCUUGAGCAAUAAACCACACUGAUUGUAUCCUCAUUAAAACGUUGCAGUUAAUAAACCUAGUGAAUGUUAUCCAUAAAUAUGUCUGUUAUUAUAGCAUUUGUACAUUGAAAAUAUCGCUUAUACUUCUACUACAUUAGUAGAACCAUAUAGGGUGUUUUAUUUAGCAUUAAUACUCAAAUUAUAUGAAGAUUAUUUUUUUCCGUCAAAUUGGAGAAAAAUUUGAAGUUAUAAAAUCAAUUCUCAAAAUUUUCCCGCAAAUUUGUAAAAAAUAAAGCUGAUAAAAUAUUU